CACGACGCACUAAGCUGGAAUGCAAUUGGUUUUGCAAUUUCCUGCUAAACAGCCGGUUGACCCAGCUGCCGAAUCAUAUAAAGAUGGUGAAAUCUUCCCGCAAGAAGAAUCCGGCCAAGCGGGAGAAGCAAGGGGUUAAACUCUAGUUUGCCACAGUAAUCUAGUUGGAAGAGGAAGGGGAGGAGGAAGAAGAAGAUGGAGGAGGUGUGGAAAGACAUGAGCUCGAGCAUAGCCCUCCAUCAAGACAUUCCACCAACCCCCUCCUUCUGCUCCUUCCAGCACAAUGUAAAUUCCACCACCACCACUUUAGGAGGAGUCCUUUCCCAAGACUUGCUCGCAGGAGUCUCCAUGGACCCAUUCCCUCUUGCUUCACUUGUCGCAGAUGACCCUUUCUCUGCCCUCUCCGGCGCCGGGUUCGAGUCCAGCAGGAAGCAAUUGCCGGAUCCGAGAGUGGACUCCCGGGAGAGAAGGAAGAAGAGGAUGAUCAAGAACCGGGAGUCUGCUGCUCGAUCUAGAGCUAGGAAACAGGCCUACACAAAUGAGCUUGAGAACGAAGUCGAUCGCUUGCUGAACGAGAACCACAUGCUAAAGAGACAGUAUGAGCAGGUAAAUGCAUCCUUAAUUAUAUACCAUUUUGUUAACAGAUUUUUUUUCGCUGAUUUAUCAGCUUAUCAUUUAGCUGCGUUUGGAAAUGGCUGCUCAUAAUCUGAUAACGCCUUGCAAACGCAAGCUGUAUAGAACUUUGACUGCUCCAUUUUGAGUGAGAGGAGUAAUCAAGGUUUGUUCACAAGUAUGAUGAUCUUUGCCUCGGCUUGCAAAUUAUUUUCCUUUUGGUGUACAAACACUACGAUUUUUUUUUUUUUUGUCUUCAUUAGUAUUGUGCGGUUAGAUUUCCUUGUAGAUUUGUAAACAAGUGUUAAUUACUUUGUGUAUUUGUUUUUUUUUCAUUAGUAUUGUACGGUUAGAUUUCUUGUAGAUUUGUAAACAAAUGUUAUUUCUUUGUGUAUUUGUGAUGCUUUCUGAGCUCUUUUUGCU